AUGACCUCCUCCGACGACACUCGCUACAAGCUAGUCUUCUUCGCGCCUCCAGCAGCGCUCCCACCCAUCAAAGAUGCAGUGUUCGCCACUGGAGCUGGAAGUUAUCCUGGUCAGGGCGAUUACACAAAGGUUUGCUUCACCACCCCUGGCAUCGGGCAGUUUCUCCCAGGCGCAAAUGCGAAACCUGCGAUCGGAGAACCGGGCAAGGUGGAAGAAGUGGGAGAGGUCCGCUGUGAAACCAUCUGUGUUGGCCGAAAGGUGACGGAGGAUGCUGUCGCGGCGCUGAAGGCGGCUCAUCCGUACGAGACUGUCGCCUAUGAUGUGUACAAGCUGGAGGCAUUUUAG